AAAGAGGGAGCAGUGCGCUGGGCUCGCUAUAAAGGGGACAAGUUCGAUUGCGGAGAAAAAAAGAGGCGGUUGUCGACUCCCCAUUUCUCUCUCUAGCUGAAAACCCUAGCCGCUUUCUCGCUUCCCAAUACAAACCCCUGGAUCGUAUCUGGCGAUCGUUUGAUCGGAGGAUUGGAGAUUUUGAAGAAAAGGAAAUGGAACCCAAUGGAGAAGGUAAUCUAAAAACACCCCUUCUGAAGCACUUAGAAAAUUCAACCGGUAUCAAUCAACAACAACCUUCUGCAAGAGGUGACAACAAUACAAGAAAGGUCAUGUUCAAAGUUGGGGGCAUGAAAUGUGCUUCUUGUGCAGUCUCCAUUGAAUCUGUUUUGGGAAAUAUGGAGGGAAUCAUGAAUAUUGGAGUGUCACCACUUCAGGGUCAGGCUGUUGUCAUCUACAACCCUGAGGUUAUCAAUGCACAAACAAUAAAAGAAUCCAUUGAAGACUUGGGCUAUCAGGUUGAUGAAUUUCCCGAUCAAAAUAUCGCAGUUUGCCGAUUGAGAAUUAAAGGAAUGGCUUGUACCAGUUGUUCUGAAGCUGUAGAACGAGCUCUUAGUAUGGUCAAUGGAGUUAAAAAGGCCAUUGUCGGACUUGCACUAGAAGAAGCCAAGAUCCACUAUGAUCCUAAUGCAACCACUACUAGUCACCUCAUGGAGGCCAUUGAAGAUGCUGGUUUUGGUUCUGAACUCAUUAGUUCAGGAGAUAGUGCCAACAAGGUGCAUCUAAAGCUUGAAGGCCUCGCUUCUCCAAAAGAUGCCAUUCUCAUUCAGUCAUCUCUUGAAGCAAUUGCAGGUGUUAAUCAUGUAGAAAUGGAUCUAGCAGGUUCAAAAGUCACCAUUUCCUAUGACCCUGAUUUCACUGGUCCGAGGUCACUAAUACAAUGCAUUCAAGAAGCUGGCCAAAGCCCUGGUUUUUACCAUGCAAGCUUGUACACUCCUCCAAGACGUAGAGAUAUGGACCAGCAGGAAGAAACUAGAAUCUACAGGAACCAGUUCCUUUGGAGCUGCCUGUUCUCAGUUCCUGUGGUUAUGUUCUCAAUGGUACUUCCGAUGAUUUCUCCAUACGGAGAUUGGUUGAAUAAUAAGCUAUACAACAAUCUAACCAUUGGGAUGGUACUAAGAUGCAUCCUUUGCACGCCUGUGCAGUUUGUAAUUGGUUGGAGAUUCUACGUGGGAUCUUAUCGUGCACUAAGAAGAGGCUCCUCUAACAUGGAUGUUCUUGUCGCAAUGGGAACUAAUGCUGCUUAUCUCUACUCUGUAUAUAUCGUGAUCAAAGCUUUAACCUCUAAUUCAUUUGAAGGACAAGAUUUUUUUGAAACUAGUGCCAUGUUGAUAUCAUUUAUUCUAUUGGGUAAAUAUUUGGAGGUGAUCGCAAAAGGGAAGACAUCAGAUGCUUUGUCAAAGCUUACGGAUCUUGCUCCUGAAACAGCUUUUCUGCUUACUCUAGAUGUGGAAGGGAAUGUCAUAUCAGAGAAGGAAAUCAGUACUCAAUUGUUACAAAGAAAUGAUGUAAUUAAGAUAAUGCCAGGAGCCAAAGUAUCAGUUGAUGGAGUUGUUAUAAGGGGUCAGAGUCAUGUGAAUGAGAGCAUGAUCACUGGAGAAUCAAGGGCUGUUGCGAAAAGACCAGGAGAUAAGGUUAUUGGUGGUACAGUGAAUGAGAAUGGAUUUAUACUAGUUAAGGCUACUCAUGUUGGGUCAGAGACUGCUUUAUCUCAGAUAGUUCAGCUGGUGGAAGCUGCUCAACUUGCAAGGGCGCCUGUUCAGAAACUGGCAGAUAAAAUUUCCAGAUUCUUUGUCCCAACUGUGAUAUUGAUGGCAUUUAUUACUUGGCUUGCAUGGUUUAUCCCAGGAGAAGCUCAUCUCUACCCAAGGAGAUGGAUUCCAAAGGCUAUGGAUAGGUUCGAGCUAGCUCUGCAGUUUGGGAUUUCAGUACUGGUAGUUGCCUGCCCUUGUGCUCUAGGACUAGCAACCCCUACUGCCGUCAUGGUUGCCACUGGAAAAGGAGCAUCUCAAGGUGUCCUUAUCAAGGGUGGGAAUGCACUGGAGAAGGCUCACAAGGUGAAUACUGUCAUAUUCGACAAGACCGGAACUUUGACCAUUGGGAAACCUUCUGUAGUUCAUACAAUGCUAUUCUCAAAGAUCCCGUUGCAGGAGUUAUGUGAUUUGGCUGGUGCAGCAGAGGUGAGCAUUCAACUAAGAUGUUUCCUUUACUACUUUUGGUCAUUUCUAAAAUUAAUUAGGCAUGGAUAUGUUAGAGCAGUAAAGUAUUUUGGUAAUCACCCUUUAGCAAAGGCCAUAGCUGAGCACAUGAAGAAGCUACAUGAGCAAUAUGGAUCGCACAAUGAUCGCAUUGUAGAAGCAAGAGAAUUUGAGGUGCACUCUGGUGCUGGUGUCAGCGCUAAUGUUGGAGGAAAACAUGUCCUCGUUGGAAACAAGAGGCUCAUGCUUUCACUUCAAGUCCCAGUAACGCCUGAAGUUGAAGAAUACAUGUCAGAAACUGAACAAUUAGCCAGAACAUGUGUGCUUGUUGCUAUUGAUGGGACAAUUUGUGGGGCUUUUGCUGUUUCUGAUCCAUUGAAACCUGAGGCAAGCCGUGUAAUUUCAUUUUUGAAUUCUAUGAGCAUCUCAAGCAUUAUGGUUACUGGUGAUAACUGGGCAACUGCUAAUGCGAUAGCGAAGGAGAUCGGAAUAAGUUCAGUUUUUGCUGAGACGGAUCCUGUGGGAAAAGCAGAAAAAAUUAAGGACUUGCAGAUGAAAGGCCUAACUGUAGCAAUGGUCGGUGACGGCAUCAAUGACUCACCAGCCCUCGCCGCUGCCGACGUCGGAAUGGCAAUCGGCGCCGGAACCGAUGUCGCGAUCGAAGCAGCAGACAUUGUACUGAUGAAGAGCAACCUUGAAGACGUCAUAACUGCCAUCGAUCUCUCCAGAAAAACCCUCUCCAGAAUCCGCCUAAAUUACGUCUGGGCCCUUGGCUAUAAUAUACUCGGUUUACCAAUUGCUGCAGGAGUUUUAUAUCCAUUCGCGGGGAUUAGGUUACCUCCAUGGCUGGCAGGGGCGUGCAUGGCUGCAUCGUCGUUGAGUGUUGUUUGUUCGUCUCUUUUGUUGCAGUUUUAUAAGAAGCCUUUGCAGGUAGAGGAGCCAUUGGGUGGUGGAGCGAAUGUUGAUUCCGUAUGAGGUUGUGGUUGGGAAAAAUUUCUGUCCAUCUUUAAGAAAGUUUAAGGAUGGAAGUGGGUUUGGAAUUGUGGUUGUUUCCAUUUGAUGUUGCUUUGCGGAAUAAGUUUGUACAGUUUAGAUUGGCUUGAUGAAUUCUUAACAAUUUGGAGAGGGAUUGAUUAUUGAAACUGGGGGGACAAAAUGGAAAAAUUGAUUAAUGAUCUGAAGGCAUUUUGUGUCUACCUUUGAGAAUGUUUGAGGAUGGAAUUUGGUUGUGUUUGCUUGGA